CUUACUAACUUGAUCCAAACUCUCUCUCUCUCUCGGAUUCUAUUUAUCUCUCUCUCUCGGAUUCUAUUUAUUUAAACAAAAGAACCCUUUGAUUGUGUACUCCAUCAUUUAACCAAAUUUAUUUAAGCCAUACCAUUUUCAAUUAGAGCCAACAUGCAGAUCCUUCAGUGGCUAUUGAAGCUAGCAGAACAAGAAACUUCGAGAAUAGCAACUCCCAUCACUAAAAAUACGUUGCAGAAGAGGAAGAAGAAGACAUCGGAGAAUAAGGUUUUACCCAUAGCUAGUUCGUCUGAUCAGUCCUGGUCGAGCAACGAGCUCGCUGAUUCAGACAAGACGAAAAAGAAGAAGAAGGCGACAACGAAGAAAGCAGUUUCGAGGAUGAAGGAGUUGCUCAAACGGGCUGUGAAUUGGAAGAAGGGAGGCUCAAAGCAGGUGGAUUAUGACGCGGAUUCUCCAAAGAUGAGGUUUAGAGAUGAUGAGAUAGAAAAGUGGAUCAACACUAUAGAAAAGUGGAUCACCACUGAUUCUGAAUUUGUUGUGCUGGAACUGUCACCAACAACUUCAUCGUGCGGCUGACUUACCUCAUACGUGUUGAUCGCACAAAGUUGAGCACGUCCAAGAAACGGAGCUCAUGGGGUCGGACACAGUGAAAAAAAUCACCGACGCGGAGGCAGUGCGGCGGACGUGGCUAGCAAACAAACAAGGGAAAUGAACUCCAUUUCAAAGGGAUGGGACCGAGCUGCUGCACGUGAAAUCGACGACAACUCUUAAUGCCGAUUUUAGUGGAGGUUUUUAAUCACAUGUGUGGGGCAUGAAAUGAAUGUAAUGAUUUUUUUUAACUAUGACUUAAGUGUGCAUAGAAAAGCACUUCAAUCUUAAGCACUUAAUAUAAUGUAUAUUUAUAUUAGUA